AUGAACAACAGGGACAGCUCCAGGCUCAAAUACAACGCAUGCGCCAUGUGCCGGAGCAGAAAAUCAAAAUGUGAUAGGAUACAACCUCGUUGUAGCCUUUGCUCACGUCUAGGGAAAGACUGUACUUACAGUGCAAUGCGCAAGAAGAGUGGUCCGAAAAGAAAUGUCUUGGAAGAGCUAGAAAUACGACUGACCAAAGUCGAAGGGCUCCUUGAAGAGAACAGUACUUCACAUAGGCUGCCAACAGCCUCUUCUCAUUUUCCAAAGGAUCAACCCAACAUGCCUAUGUCUGAAUCCUUCCGCAUGCCUUCAUCAGAGUCAACGCGGGUUGAAUAUUCAAUGUUUGGCCCGAUGCAGCCUCAUACAAAUGGCAAAGAAGCUUCUCAAGUUAGCCACACGCCUUUUCCGUUGAUACCUGGUAAUUCGAGCAAUUUCCAAUCGAGCUCCAUCGGCCUGGCCUUCAGGGAACAACUCCCGUCCGAGGACAUCAUUUAUGAUCUGGACAAUAUCUUCUUUGAAAAAGUUUACCCGUCUAUACCCAUCAUCCACCCUAACCGCUUUUUGAUCAACUCGAGUCUCUCUGCCCAUUUACGCCUGCCGCUUUCCUUGCGAUACAUGAUUUGGUGUCAUGCAUCAUUAUUCUGCGAUAGAUACUACUCAUUUCAUUCUGAGUUCUAUCAGCGUGCUCGCCAGUAUGCUGAAGUCGACGAGACAACGGAAAGCUUUGGGCGCGGGAUCGUCACCCUGUCACACUGCCAAGCGUGGAUACUAAUGUCCAUCUACGAGUUGCGAAUGGUUCUCAUCCCGCGGGCGUGGGUUAGUAUAGGUAAAGCGUGCAGUCUCUCCUUGAUUAUUGGUCUCAAUCAAUUGGACGGGCCAAGCCAAAGUGUCAAGCUGUGUAUGCCCCCUCCAAAAGAUUGGGUCGAAGGAGAGGAACGCCGGAGGGUGUUUUGGAUGGCGUUUUGUAUUGAUCAGUAUGCAAGUAUUGCAACGGGACGGCCUAUGCUUAUUAACGAAACCGAUGUGUGUGCUCCUUUGCUCGACUAUCAUGAUCUUUCAAUGGCGCUGACCGAUCGUACGCAGGUUAUGACCACCCUUCCCGCUUUCGAGCAGUCUUUCCUGGAGAACAAGCCACAACUCACCCUUCAGCUAUACGAGAUUUUAACCAGUGAAGAUCUAUCUAGCUUGUCAUCAUUAGCUUAUGUUUGUGUUUCGGCCAGUCUGCUCGGACGUAGCCUGUCCCAUAUCCGCCGAAUCCAAACAUAUGGUAAUUAUUGUGGCUUGGACGAGCAAUAUUCAAAACAACAUCAGAGUUACUAUGACGUUCCCAUCCGCAUUCUUCAACGUCUUCCCAUGCACCUUCGAUUAUCCAGCAGCAUGCAUGAUACAAAUGUGAUCUUUGCCAAUCUGUGCGUGCAUGCCUCUACGAUUUGGUACCACCAACAAGCAAUCUUCUCGAGUAAAACGUGCAGGGUGCUGGAUUGGUAUAUGAUGGAAAACCACCAUCGUUGCUUACUAGCGGCGAGUCAGAUAUCUAGUCUCACAAGGAUGAUCGGCAAUUUUGACCUGUUAAAGUGCAACACCUUUGUUCCAUUUCCCUUAUUUCUGGCGGCAAGGGUUUUUGUGCUGCACUUAGACUCCCAGCCUAAUGAUCCAACAAUCAGAUCAUUGCUACAAUAUCUCGUGUCGAUUCUGAAAAUCAUGAAGUCAAGCAAUCCUUCAGCUGGAAUGUUUCUCAGUCGACUGAAUGUUUCUAAUGUACCCGCUUCUGGAUAA